GGAAGCAGCAGCCUCCUCUUAAAAACAUGGUGGUUCUGCUGAGAGCCUGCGGAGGGAUCCGGUCCUCUCGACAGCUGCUGGGCGAGUCUCUGGUGCUGGCCCGGUCCGCCCCGGCCCGCUGCUGCAGGCCGCGGCCCCGCUGCCCCGCAGCCCCGGGGGGGCGGUUCUACAGCUCUCAGUGGGGGGAGGAGCCGCCCAAACAGAAGGUUCUGGUGGUCGGAAUCCCCAACCCCUUCAUCUGGGUCCGCAAGAGGAUCUACUACUUCCUCAUCCGAACCUACUUUGACAGAGAGUUCAGGAUCGAGGAGUUCACGGAGGGAGCCCAGCAGGCCUUCUCCCACGUGUCCAGGCUGCUGUCUCAGUGUCAGUUUGAAGAGCUGGAGGGGCUGCUGGCUAAAGAUCUGAUCACAAAGCUGGAGGAGAAGUGCAGCUCUUUGCCAUCCAACUACAAGAAAGCCCUGUUUGCCGAUGUGGACGAGAUCAUGUACACGACUCCUGGGGACGUGGGGAUUUUCUACGAUAACAACGGGAGGAAGUUUGUGAAUAUCCUGAUGCGGUUCUGGUACCUGACGAGUGCUCAGAUCCCUGACGACAGCGUGAAGGGCAGCCACAUGUUCAAGGUGACCAUUGGAGACGGAGAAACCGUCAACAAGAGACUGCUCAGCGCCAUUUAUGAAUUCCAAAGGGAUUUUACCAAAGGAGUUCCUCCAGACUGGAUAAUUACGAGGGUAGAACACUCCGAGCUUCUGGAUUAAAGGGUUGCUUUUAAACAAGUCACAAGUGGAACUGUCAGUUUUUUUGUGCUUUGAUUAAACCUGAGUCUAAAGACUGAGACCAAUCCUCUACUGAUCAGAGCUGAGUCCAAUCCAAACCAUGCAGCUGUCAGCUUUUUAAACUAAUACGCAGUCUAAGUAAGUAGUAAGUAAAACACACUUAAGGCAUCUCUUGGUAUACUGUACAUAUUCUUGGUAUACUGAGUUUUUUCGCUUUCUUUUUUGUCCAAAUUGAUUUCAUAAAACCUCCAUGAAACACUCAGUGAAAAGCCAACUACACCCCAGUUGCCAGCUGCUCCUCUGCAUGGUAACAGGAAAUAACACACAUUUAAUGAGUUUUAACUCUCGUUUAUUAGCCAGCAAGUUUCCUCAGGACUUUUCCUGCUAGCAUUUUAGCUGCAUCAGUUUGUUCCUGUAUAAACAAGAUAAAGGUACGACAUGAACCGAUGACUCUGGAUUAUACUUGUUGCACAAAAGGAAUAUUGAAAUCGAUGUACAUGUCAUAUAAAAUGCAAUAUAAAUAAAUAAUAGAAUAAAAUUAUACAAAAAUGUGAGGACUCAACUGUGAUUUCCAUGUCUGAAUUCAGCUGAUGGGUAAGUGUGUGAUCCGUCCU